CUCUUGGAAGCAGUUCCAAGCGCCCGAACACAAUGAACAUCUUCCUGUUGCAGAUCCGCGGGAAUGGCAAUUCAGUUGCAUCCUAGAUACAGUGAAUUUUCACUUCGACCAACUUCGAGAUGCUGUUGUUGAUAUCGCCUUGGAAGGUGAUUACGGCGUCUAGGUCGCGAUGCGCUUUGCGCGCCCUGCGGCCAACAAUUCGUAUAUCCAAGACGCCCAGUCGCGCAUACUGCUCGCAGGCACCGUUGGCCGAACAAGACUGCGCCAAAGAUGAAGAAUAUUUUCGCUUCACAUCCGGCCGAUGGCUGUGGGAUGAGGCGCCGCGAAUGCAAGAGCGCUAUAGGAAAUUCGACGUGUUGGCGCUGAAGACGCUCGCUGCGGACAGCGUGGGUGCGCAGCGAUGCGUGUCGAUGCGCAAGAUGGCGGAGGGCGGCUCUAACAGGAUCUUUCGUCUGACUAUGGACAACCAGAAGACAGUCAUCGCGCGGAUCCCGUACCCGAAUCACGGUUCGCUGCUCCACGAGGUUGCGUCUGAGGUUGCUACGAUGGACUUUGCAGCGAAUGUUCUGAAAAUUCCCGUGCCUCGAGUGCUGGCAUGGGAUGCACAGUCGGACAACGCUGUCGGCACAGAAUAUAUCUUGAUGGAAGAAGCUUCUGGUACUCCGCUCCGCAAGACGUGGGAAUCAUUGGAUCUGAGACCCAAGUCUAACAUCGUAGAUGAGCUGGUGUCGAUUUCGAAGAAAUUGCUAUCAGUAUCGUUUACACGGUAUGGAAGUCUCUACUUCUCAGACUCAUCUAUCCCAGGCUGUGAAGCUGCUGGUAUUAGUGGCGAUCUGACCUGUCAAGAGUUGCAAGAUGCGAAUGAUCGAUACGUGAUUGGACCCGUUACUGAGAGCAGCUUUUGGCACGCGGAGCGAAGAGAGAUCGAUGCCGUUCGGGGUCCUUGGUCCACUCCUGCAGACUAUGUCAAAGCCAUCGCGACCAGAGAGAUUCGGUGGCUGAGCGACUUCGCAGACCCCAAGACACGACGUCAGGUCUAUGGAUUCGGGCCAAACCCUGCACCAAGCGACCUCAUCGCGCUACAGCAGAAGCUUGUAGCAAUCGCGGAUGGUCUUCUGCCAACCGACGACCGACCGCUCGUGAGACCUACGAUAUGGCAUUGGGAUCUGCACGCCCCAAACAUCUUCGUCGAGGGAAACAAGAUUACGGCCAUUAUCGACUGGCAAGACUGCUGGGUAGGACCACUCCUCCUGCACAACUUGCGGCCGCGCAUUCUGGCCUUCCAAGGCGAAUCCAUGCUCAGGCUUCCUCCUGAUUAUCCAAGUAUGACCGACAAAGAAGAGAAAGACAGGCUAUGUGCGCAGGUAGAGAAGUCUCUCCUCCUCUGGAGUUUCGAGACACCGCUGAAAAGUCAUAACCCAGCACUCAAACAAAUCUGGACCCUCCCGCAGCGACAGAUGAUCCGAGAUGCUAUUGCCUUCGCCGUCAACACUUGGGAAAGUGGACCGGUGGCCUUCCGCGAAGUUCUCAUCCGAAUUCAACGCAACUGGCAUCUAUUCCGUCAAGACGAGGAAUGCCCAUUCAAAUUCAGCCAGGACGAGCUCGCCGCCCACCGAGAGGAAGGAGAAGGGUUCAACGAGACAGCAGAUUUUUGGGAAUCCAUCUCGGACCUAGUGACGCGUGAGGGCUAUGUCGCGAACGAAGACUACGAGCAAGCGCUCGAGAUGUUUCGCCAGCUCCGCGAACAAGGCCUCGAGGUCUUGAGCGACGAUGAGAAAGAUCGAUUCGAGCGUGCGACGAGGUGGGCUACAAGAUGAGACUUCUGUCGUAUCAAAGUACACCUCUUCGGUCGCGAGUUUUUCGUACCUAGCUACUACAAUUUGGACCGGAGAAGUCUAGUUUAAAAGUCCGGAGCCUAGCGAGAACUAUUUCUAUCUAGACGAACGAUCUCUAGCGACCUUCUAGCAAUAUAGAUAGAGUAGGCUAUAGUAAGAAUCGAGGUCUAGCGAU